CCAUGGAAAUAAUUGGGCCGGGCUCUUUUGGUUGCUAAUGUCACGAUGUACACGGGUAAGACAAACCCGACCCGACACAGAACAACCAGUUUCUCGUCUCCUCUUCUCAAAGGAGAAGCAAAAACACUGAAACAAAAAGCACAUUCUACUUUUUGCAUAGAAUCGAUCAUCUAUGGCGGUGAUUAGUCCAGCUACACGUUUCGCACCGCCGCUGAACCGGCCUUUUCACCACUGUUCGUCACUAGCCUCGCUUCAUUGCUCCUCUAGGAACUUUCUCUUCCUCGGAAAACUCACUCCGAGCUCGACGAUCGUCGCUGUCCGGUGCCAGAAACCUGUUUCCGACGGGAUUAGCUCUAUGGAAUCCGUGAAUCAUGUUGCAUCUUCUGUUUCAUCUUCGAUCGAUUUCCUAACGUUGUGUCAUCGGCUCAAGACAACAAAGAGAAAAGGGUGGAUUAAUCAGGGGAUAAAUGGACCUGAAUCAAUUGCUGAUCAUAUGUACCGUAUGGCUCUAAUGGCACUUAUUGCUGGUGAUCUUACAGGAGUUGACAGAGAGAGGUGUAUAAAAAUGGCAAUUGUGCAUGAUAUCGCUGAAGCUAUUGUUGGAGAUAUUACCCCAUCUGAUGGUGUGCCUAAGGAAGAAAAGAGUAGGAGGGAGAAAGCAGCUUUGAAAGAGAUGUGUGAGGUUCUGGGUGGAGGCCUCAGAGCGGAGGAGAUCACAGAACUUUGGCUGGAGUAUGAGAACAAUGCUUCUUUAGAAGCAAUAUUGUAAAAGACUUUGAUAAGGUUGAGAUGAUUCUCCAGGCACUAGAAUAUGAAGCCGAACACGGGAAAGUGCUCGAUGAGUUUUUCAUAUCAACAGCAGGCAAGUUUCAAACCGAAAUUGGAAAGAGCUGGGCCGCUGAAAUCAACGCUAGGAGAAAAA